GAGAAAAGGGAGGGAUGAUUGAGUCAAAGAAUCUGGCAAAGAAAGAAACUGAGCUUUUAACCAAACUGGAUCAACCUGACUAGCAACCAGCUGCAUUUGCUCUUUUGUGCUUCUCAUAAAGGGCUUCUCAUACGGGCAACACGAGAGAGAGUAAUCAGACAUCAUGCUCACUGUACGCAUAGGUAAGUCAUAUUUUCCCAUAAAAUUACAAUGUUUUAUGUUUACUGAGAAAUCUGUAUAUCAAUCUGUCUGUCUCUGUUCUUAAAAUAAAUACUAUAUUGACAAUGACAAGUUCAUCUCUUGUAGGACAAAGGGUGCAUAAAACACAGGGCCCCACAAGUAAGUUGCAAAGCCAGCUUUUUUUUAUGCAUGUUUUAUGUAUUGCUGCUCAAUAUAUUAAUGUUUUAAUAGUGUGUAUACUAUGGAAUAACUUACUUAAUGAAUAAACAAGAUGAUAAACAAAAACAGAAUUCCACAAAGGGGAGAAGACUACCAACCAACAAUGCAGUUUUACUGGUAGAGCAGUCUGCUAUUUACCUCUGGCUCAGGCCAGUCAGGUGUUAUUAAGCCUUUCCUACUGUAGGAUGAGUGUAGAAAUAUACUUCAGUGUUUAGUGUAGGGCCCAGAUCCUAGCUUGUGAUCCAUGCAAGUACUGACUUCCUCAUAAUCCAUGUAUUUACUGUAUGUCAAUAGGACAUUUGAUUGAACAUGAGUGAAAUCAGCCCUUUGGUUGCACAUUUUACAGUUGUAGUCAUGCGUUCAUUGACAGCUGUCUAUCCUUGUCUACAAUACAUGAGUGACUUCGUGAUUAUCCCGUAUUAGUACAAUAUCCCCAUUAUUUAUCUUGCAGGCCUUCUUCCAAUCAUAGCAGUGCUUGGAGUCAUUUUCUUUGCUGUUUUCCUCAUAAUCCGGUCUCAAAGUAAGUCUUGAUGGUAAUGUUUGUCACAUUAGGAGACAUUCAUUUGAUAACGACUUCUAAUUACAUCUAAUAAAGGUAUAACUGCUGUUAAUAAAACCAGCAUAACAUUUAAAUAAAAGUUUGUCAUAUAGCCUAGCUGAUGAAUUUAUCAGGAAAAGUGUUCAUGGUUUCUUCAAGAGUAAGUAUUCGCUACAAUAGUUCCCACUCAUAAUGAUACACGCUGCUCCUUCCCCCUAUUACUCUAGACCACACCCUCUCCUGGUAUCCUGAGUUUCCUGGUCCAGAGUGGCUACAGGGGCCUAAUGUGCCCCAAGUGAGCAGUGAGUAAUCAGAAUGAUGUGUGUGUGUUUAUGCAAUGUUUCUACCUGUGCAACAUGUUUGGGCUACUAGCAUCCACAUAUUCAAAAUGAAACAAAGUUGUAGCUGGCAAGGCCAAAAAGCUAAACAGGUAGUCUACCCCAUCAAAUUAAUGGUAUGGGGAACCAUUCAUAUGUGUGAUUGUGUGUGUUUCUCCUCCUGAAUACUUGUGCAGCCUCCAGACAAAGACCAAGUCCGUGUGGCAUCCCAAUGUCCUGUCCAGAGGGCGACUUCAGCUUUUUCAUCGCCAGUGGAGCUGCUAAUGUGGUUGGACCCAAAAUCUGCAUAGAGGACAAAAUGUAAGGAAUGACAUUUUUGGUUUUCUUGCACAGGAAUGUAAGUGUGUGUGAGCGAGAGAUGUCUUGAUGGAGAGAGUCCCCUAUUAUAGUUCACUGAUGGGGGGGGGGGGGGGUUGUCAGGUUGUAAGAUUUUUUUUUUUUUUUUAUGUUCUCUUCAGGAUUAUGGGUUAUGUGGAAAACAAUGUAGGGUGCGGAAUUAACAUUGCUGUUGUGAACGGUAAGUCAAAAGGAUUCAUGUGAUUUUUGUUUUAUUUAUAUAUAUAUACACACACACACACACACACAAUGAGGGGAAAAAAGUAUUUGAUCCCCUGCUGAUUUUGUAAGUUUUCCCACUGACAAAGACAUGAUCAGUCUAUAAUUUUAAUGGUAGUUUUAUUUGAACAGUGAGAGACAGAAUAACAACAAAAAAAUCCAGAAAAACGCAUGUCAAAAAUGUUAUAAAUUGAUUUGCAUUUUAAUGAGGGAAAUAAGUAUUUGACCCCUCUGCAAAACAUGACUUAGUACUUGGUGGCAAAACCCUUGUUGGCAAUCACAGAGGUCAGACGUUUCUUGUAGUUGGCCACCAGGUUUGCACACAUCUCAGGAGGGAUUUUGUCCCACUCCUCUUUGCAGAUCUUCUCCAAGUCAUUAAGGUUUCGAGCCUGACGUUUGGCAACUCGAACCUUCAGCUCCCUCCACAUAUUUUCUAUGGGAUUAAGGUCUGGAGACUGGCUAGGCCACUCCAGGACCUUAAUGUGCUUCUUCUUGAGCCACUCCUUUGUAGCCUUGGCCAUGUGUUUUGGGUCAUUGUCAUGCUGGAAUACCCAUCCACGACCCAUUUUCAAUGCCCUGGCUGAGGGAAGGAGGUUCUCACCCAAGAUUUGACGGUACAUGGCGCCGUCCAUCGUCCCUUUGAUGCGGUGAAGUUGUCCUGUCCCCUUAGCAGAAAAACACCCCCAAAGCAUAAUGUUUCCACCUCCAUGUUUGACGGUGGGGAUGGUGUUCUUGGGGUCAUAGGCAGCAUUCCUCCUCCUCCAAACACGGCGAGUUGAGUUGAUGCCAAAGAGCUCCAUUUUGGUCUCAUCUGACCACAACACUUUCACCCAGUUCUCCUCUGAAUCAUUCAGAUGUUCAUUGGCAAACUUCAGACGGGCCUGUAUAUGUGCUUUCUUGAGCAGGGGGACCUUGCGGGCGCUGCAGGAUUUCAGUCCUUCACGGCGUAGUGUGUUACCAAUUGUUUUCUUGGUGACUAUGGUCCCAGCUGCCUUGAGAUCAUUAACAAGAUCCUCCCGUAUAUACAGUGAGGGGAAAAAGUAUUUGAUCCCCUGCUGAUUUUGUACGUUUGCCCACUGACAAAGAAAUGAUCAGUCUAUAAUUUUAAUGGUAGGUUUAUUUGAACAGUGAGAGACAGAAUAACAACAACAAAAUCCAGAAAAAAGCAUGUCAAAAAUGUUAUCAAUUGAUUUGCAUUUUAAUGAGGGAAAUAAGUAUUUGACCCCCUCUCAAUCCGAAAGAUUUCUGGCUCCCAGGUGUCUUUUAUACAGGUAAAGAGCUGAGAUUAGGAGCACACUCUUAAAGGGAGUGCUCCUAAUCUCAGUUUGUUACCUGUAUAAAAGACACCUGUCCACAGAAGCAAUCAAUCAAUCAGAUUCCAAACUCUCCACCAUGGCCAAGACCAAAGAGCUCUCCAAAGAUGUCAGGGACAAGAUUGUAGACCUACACAAGGCUGGAAUGGGCUACAAGACCAUCGCCAAGCAGCUUGGUGAGAAGGUGACAACAGUUGGUGCGAUUAUUCGUAAAUGGAAGAAAAACAAAAUAACUGUCAAUCUCCCUCGGCCUGGGGCUCCAUGCAAUAUUUUACCUUGUGGAGUUGCAAUGAUCAUGAGAACGGUGAGGAAUGAGCCCAGAACUACACGGGAGGAUCUUGUCAAUGAUCUCAAGGCAGCUGGGACCAUAGUCACCAAGAAAACAAUUGGUAACACACUACGCCGUGAAGGACUGAAAUCCUGCAGUGCCCGCAAGGUCCCCCUGCUCAAGAAAGCACAUAUACAUGACCGUCUGAAGUUUGCCAAUGAACAUCUGAAUGAUUCAGAGGAGAACUGGGUGAAAGUGUUGUGGUCAGAUGAGACCAAAAUGGAGCUCUUUGGCAUCAACUCAACUCGCCGUGUUUGGAGGAGGAGGAAUGCUGCCUAUGACCCCAAGAACACCAUCCCCACCGUCAAACAUGGAGGUGGAAACAUUAUGCUUUGGGGGUGUUUUUCUGCUAAGGGGACAGGACAACUUCACCGCAUCAAAGGGACGAUGGACGGGGCCAUGUACCGUCAAAUCUUGGGUGAGAACCUCCUUCCCUCAACCAGGGCAUUGAAAAUGGGUCGUGGAUGGGUAUUCCAGCAUGACAAUGACCCAAAAACACACGGCCAAGGCAACAAAGGAGUGGCUCAAGAAGAAGCACAUUAAGGUCCUGGAGUGGCCUAGCCAGUCUCCAGACCUUAAUCCCAUAGAAAAUCUGUGGAGGGAGCUGAAGGUUCGAGUUGCCAAACGUCAGCCUCGAAACCUUAAUGACUUGGAGAAGAUCUGCAAAGAGGAGUGGGACAAAAUCCCUCCUGAGAUGUGUGCAAACCUGGUGGCCAACUACAAGAAACGUCUGACCUCUGUGAUUGCCAACAAGGGUUUUGCCAUCAAGUACUAAGUCAUGUUUUGCAGAGGGGUCAAAUACUUAUUUCCCUCAUUAAAAUGCAAAUCAAUUGAUAACAUUUUUGACAUGUGUUUUUCUGGAUUUUUUUGUUGUUAUUCUGUCUCUCACUGUUCAAAUAAACCUACCAUUAAAAUUAUAGACUGAUCAUUUCUUUGUCAGUGGGAAAACUUACAAAAUCAGCAGGGGAUCAAAUACUUUUUUCCCUCACUGUACAUAUAUAUAUAUAUAUAUAUAUAUAUAUAUAUAUAUAUAUAUAUAUACACAAAAUUACAAAAAUAUUAUGCGUUUUCUUAUUUUACAUAUCUUGUAUUAUCAUCAGUGUUUAUCUGAUCGAAGCGCUAAAUACCUAAUUGGUCUCGCUCUCUUUUUCACACAGGGAAGACCGGGGAGGUUAUGAAGACAGUAUUUUUUAACAUGUACGAUGGCGGUAAGAUGGUUUACAGCCCCCUAUUACUUUUCUGGUCAGAGGAGCAUGUACACUGCCUAGUGAACGUCUACAAACCCCCUUGCACAGUCUUAACAUUUUGCAAAAUCUAAAUGUUUUAAAUUGGGGGUGAUUUCUACCGAUCUACACAACAUACUCCACAUUUCAAAGUGAAAAAAAAUAAAUAUAAAUAUAUAUAUAUAUAUAUAUAUAUAUACACACACACACACUACCGUUCAAAAGUUUGGGGUCACUUACAAAUGUCCUUGUUUUCGAAAGAAAAGCAACCAUCAAUCCUGUGUUCCAAUGGCAUGUUGUUUGCUAAUCCAAGUUUAUCAUUUUAAAAGGCUAAUUGAUCAUUAGAAAACGAUUUUUCAAUUAUGUUAGCACAGCUGAAAACUGUUGUGCUGAUUUAAUGAAGCAAUAAAACUGGCCUUCUUGAGACUAGUUGAGUAUCUGGAGCAUCAGCAAUUGUGGGUUUGAUUACAGGCUCAAAAUGGCCAGAAACAAAUAUCUUUCAUCUGAAACUCGUCAGUCUAUUCUUGUCUGAGAAAUGAAGGCUAUUCCAUGCGAGAAAUUGCCAAGAAACUGAAGAUCUCGUACAACGCUGUGUACUACUCCCUUCACAGAACAGCGCAAACUGGCUCUAACCAGAAUAGAAAGAGGAGUGGGAGGCCCUGACCACAACUGAGCAAGAGGACAAAUACAUGAAUGUCUAGUUUGAGAAACCGGCGCCUCACAGGUCCUCAACUGACAGCUUCAUUAAAUAGUACCCGCAAAACACCAGUCUCAACGUCAACAGUGAAGAGGCGACUCCGGGAUGCUGACCUUCAGAGUUGCAAAGAAAAAAGCCAUAUCUCAGACUGGCCAAUAAAAAGAAUAGAUGGGCGAAAGAACAGACACAGGACUUUUUCUUUGCAAUUCUGCCUAGAAAGUCAGCAUCCUGGAGUCUCCUCUUACAUUUACAUUUUAGUCAUUUAGCAGACGCUCUUAUCCAGAGCGACUUACAGUUAGUGAGUGCAUACAUUAUUAUUAAUUUAAAAAAAUAAUAAUAAUCAUACUGGCCCCCCGUGGGAAUCGAACCCACAACCCUGGCGUUGCAAACGCCAUGCUCUACCAACUGAGCUACAUCCCUGCCGGCCAUUCCCUCCCCUACCCUGGACGACGCUGGGCCAAUUGUGCACCGCCCCAUGGGUCUCCCGGUCGCGGUCACUAUUGACGUUGAGACUGGUGUUUUGCGGGUACUAUUAGGUAGGGGUAAAGUGACUAUGCAUAGAUAAACAGCGAGUAGCGUAGAAAAGGGGGUCAAUGCAAAUAGUCUGGGUAGCCAUUUGAUUAACUGUUUAGCAGUCUAAUGGCUUGGGGGUAGAAGCUGUUAAGAAGCUUUUUGGACCUAGAGUUGGCACACCAGUACCGCUUGCUGUGCGGUAGCAGAGAGAACAGUCUAUGACUAGGAUGGCUGGAGACUUUGACAAUUUUUAGGACCUUCCUCUGACACCGCCUGGUAUAGAGGUCCUGGAAGCUUGGCCCCAGUGAUGUACUGGGCCGUACGCACUACCCUCUGUAGCGCCUUGCGGUCAGAUGCCGAGCAGUUGCCAUACCAAGCAGGGAUUCAACCAGUCAGGAUGCUCUCGAUGGUGCAGCUUUAGAACCUUUUUUAGGAUCUGAGGACCCAUGCCAAAUCUUUUUAGGGGAAUAGGUGUUGUCGUGUCCUCUUCACGACUGUCUUGGUGUGUUUGGACCAUGAUAGUUUUAGUGAUGUGGACGCCAAGAAACUUGAAGCUUUCGACCCACUCUACUACAGCCCAGUCGAUGUGAAUGGGGGUGUGCUCGCCCCCCCUUUUCCUGUAGUCCACGAUCAGCUCUUUUGUCUUGGUCAUUUUGAGGGAGAGGUUGUUGUCCUUGCACCACUGCCAGGUCUCUAACCUCCCUGUAGGCUGUCUCAACGUUGUUGGUGAUCAGGCCUACCACCGUUGUGUCGUCGGUAAACUUAAUGAUGGUGUUGGAGUCGUGGGUGAACAGGGAGUACACGAGGGGACUAAGCACACACCCCUGAGGGUCCCCAGUGUUGAGGAUCAGCAUGGCAGGUGUGUUGUUGCCUACCCUUACCACCUGGGGGUGGCCCGUCAGGAAGUCCAGGAUCCAGUGGCAGAGCAAGGUGUUUAUUCUCCGGGUCAUAAGCGUUCCACAGGGAUGCUGGCCCAUGUUGACUCAAUGCUUUCCACAGUUGUCAAGUUGGCUGUAUGUCCUUUGGGUGGUGGACCAUUCUUGAUACACACGGGAAACUGUUGAGCGUGGAAAAACCCAGCAGCGUUGCAGUUCUUGACACAAACCGGUGCGCCUGGCACCUACUACUAUACCCCGUUCAAAGGCACUUGCCCAUUCACCCUCAAAGGAACACAUACACAAUCCAUGUCUCAAUUGUCUCAAGGCUUAAAAAUCCUUCAACCUGUCUCCUCCUCUUCAUCUACACUGAUUGAAGUGGAUUCAAUAAGGGAUCAUAGCUUUCACCUGGUCAGUCUGUCAUGGAAAGAGCAGUUCUUAAUGUUUUGUAUACUCAGUGUAUUGCUGUCCAUCAAUAAUUCCCAACCAGAUUUACUGAGCUUGAGCAAUUCUGACAAAAACAAUGGAUAUACAGUGAGUUCCAUAAUUAUUGACACCCUUGAUAAAGAUGAGCAAAAAAUGUAUAAUAGAAAUAUUGAGCCAUAUUCUAUGCUAAAUAAAAUGGGGAAAUUAUAUUUUAUACUAAUACAAUUGCUCAGAGAAAGAGAUUUUCUUUAACAAGUAAUUUAAAAAAGAUGGGGGUCAAAAUUAUUGGCAACCCUGUUUUCAGUACUCCAGCACUCUCCCCUUGUGAGGAUAACAACACAGCCUUUUUCAAAAAAUAUUUUAUGAGAUUGGAGAACACAUUGGGAGGAAUUUUAGACCCUUCCUCCAUACAGAAUCUUUCCAGAUCCUUGAUAUCUAUCGUUUGCAUUUAUGGACAGUCCUCUUCGAUGCAAACCACAGGUUUUCAAUGGGGUUCAAUUCCGGAGACUGAGAAGGCCUUUGCAAAAUGUUGAUUUUGUGGUCAAUUAACCAUUUCGAUUCGUGCUUGGGAUUAUUGUCUUGCUGGAAGAUUCACUUGCGGCCAAGUGUCAGCCUCCUGGCAGAGGCAACCAGGUUUUUGACUAAAAUUUGCAAAGUUAUUCAAAAUGAGUAAGCUGUAAUGGCUGCCAACGGUGCUUCCACCAAGUAUUAACUGUGGAUGAAGACUUCUUUCUUAAUUUACAAAAUAAUAAUUUAGGACACUGUCUAUCAUUUGUAACUUAAAUUUGUUAAAAGUAAAUCCCUUAGAUUUACUUUUAAGGCAGCAAAAUGUGAAGACUGCAAGGGGUGUGUAGAUUUUCACUAGGCACUGUAUUUCCUGCUUAGCAGCAUUACUUAAAUGCAUCUCCACCCUUUCCAUGGCUGUUUCUGUACCUUUGUUAUAAUUGUUGCGCUAUUAACCAACCAGAUACAAUAGUUCCUGUAUGGGUUGGUCAAUCCUAUCCAGCUCAUUCAAAACUGAAGUAGUGUUUCUUAAAAUAAUACAUUGAUUUUGUUCAGUGUACAAAAAUUCUCAUUUCAACUCCUCAAAGAAGAAAACCAUUGAUCAUGUUGAAAGCUGACAAGGUAUCCCUGUCUUGCAGAUAUUGAACCUCUGGUGGAGUUUCUAGAGUCCAUUGAGAAAGGGUCCCUUGUAUUGAUUGCAACCUACGACGACCCAGCUACAAAGUGAGUCACGUUUCAUUUGAACAUUAAACCAACUUUCAUGGCAGAAUUUAUUACCAAUAUGGUCAUCCAGGAUACUUUAUGAUAAUGCUUUGGGAUCUUUGGAGUGUGCACCAAAAUCAUUUAAUUAAUUGAAGCACUCUGUAUGCUCAUACAAAGUCCUAUCACAAGCCUAUUCAUAUUGUUUUUAGUGAUCCAAUUAAUGGUGGUAGUGAGGAAAGAUACUGAAUGGUUUAUUAAUUGAUUGACAGAUUGAACAAAGAAGCGAGGACGCUUAUCAAUGAGCUUGGCAGCUCUGCUAUCCAGUCAUUAGGCUUCAGAGACAACUGGGUCUUUGUUGGAGGAAAAGGAGCAGAUGUCAAGAGUACCUUAGAGAAGGUAAUACCAUACCAACAUGUAUAAUAGGUUUUCUCUGUUAUCCAGAGUUUUGGACUGCACCCGCAGUUCCCCACUUUUUCUCUGAUAUAAUUUGAGCUGUACGAGCUAUGUGGUUAUGUUGCUGAUGCAGGCAGCUUUAGAAUCUAAUCAAUCUGUUUUUUUUCCCCCCCACAGCAUAUUAAAAACAAUAGAGACAAAAACAAGUAUGACGCCUGGCCAGAAAUGAUUGAGAUGCAGGGAUGCUUACCCCGCUAUUUGGAGUGAUUGGUACCAAAAAUGUUCAUACCCUGUCAGACCCCAUAUCUAUCACGUUGUGAUGUCUGUAUUACUCUGAAAAUUGCAUAAUAAACAACAAUUGUUUGGCUUUGUUUAUAAA